AGAGAUUUUGACAUUUUGUACCCAAACAAGCCACCUAGAAACCCCCCAAAUUUUUCAUCUACAAAACCACCACCGGAAUCAACCGCAGAACCACCACCACCACCACCACAACAUGGCGGAGAAACUCGCACCGGAAAAGCGCCACACCUUCUUCCACGGAAGUCAGAAGGUUUUCGAAUGGGACCAAACCCUAGAUGAGGUGAAUAUGUACAUCAAUUUGCCCACUGGAGUCCCUACCAAACUGUUUUACUGCAAAAUUGAAUCCAAACAUGUUGAAGUUGGAAUCAAAGGGAAUCCUCCGUAUAUGAAUCAUGAUUUGUCUUCACCUGUUAAGACGGAUUCUUCGUUUUGGACUAUCGAGGAUGAUAUAUUGCAUAUUACACUGCAAAAAAGAAAUAAAGGUCAAACGUGGUCGUCUCCGAUAGAAGGUCAAGGUCAACUUGACCCGUAUGCUGCUGAUCUCGAACAGAAGCGUCUCAUGCUUCAGAGGUUUCAGGAAGAGAACCCGGGAUUUGAUUUUUCUCAGGCGCAAUUUUCAGGGAACUGUCCGGACCCAAGAACAUUCAUGGGUGGCAUCAGAUCCGAUUAGCAAUCAUCUCAGUGAACAUGUACAUUAAUUCUCCGAAACCUUGAAUCUUAACUUAAUCAUGUUGUGUUUGUAAAAGCAUGCUUACAAAUGCUUCUGGUACAUGUACAAUCAACAUUCAUGUCCCCAUGCUAAUAAUCUAAUCAGGGAACACUCUAAAAAAGUGGGAUAAUUUGGUUUAUGCACUU